AACGCGAGAUGCCGACACACUAAUACGUUGCUGCGUGCGUCUAAGUAACAUAAAAGAUCACUCUCGAAACUUUCUAAUCAAAUAUGAAUUGUACGUUUUACGUUGUGCAAACUGUGAUAUUUAUUUUAGGAUACUUAAUAAUCACCGAGGGACUGGAACAAAAGUCGAGGACGAAGAGACCGCGGGCGCCGCCGCCCGAACCGGAGAACGACGUCGAGACGGACUUCGACGAGCGCAACAACCCCCUGAGCACCAGCUACGUGCCGCCCGGCUUCCUGAGCCCCUCGGUCAUCGAGUACCUCGAAUUGGGAAAGUCCAUACCUGGUAGGCCCGGAACCGAUUACCCGGUGCUGGGCACGGUGCCCUACACGAACUUCUACUGCGACGAGCAACCGUACCCCGGCUUCUACGCCGACCCGGAAACGCGAUGCCAGAGCUGGCACUAUUGCGACAUAGACGGCAGACAGACGACGUUCCUGUGCCCGAACGGCACGCAAUUCAGCCAGGCCGUGUUCGUGUGCGACUGGUGGUUCAACGUGCGUUGCGACCUCAGCGAAAAGUUGUACGUAAUCAACAGUAGACUCUACGGAAGACCCAAAGUUGACCCCACAAGACCCCAUCGAACAAUAACCAAACAGUUGUUGGAGGACAUUUUUAACGAUGAAAGAAAAUAAUAGUAAUAUUUUGUGAGAACCUGUACAAAAAAUAUUAAUGUAUUUCUAAGGAUAGUUUUAUUUUAAUAAUAAUAAUAAUAAUAAUAAAAAUGAUACAAGUAUUUUUGUAAAUACAGCUUAGUUAGUUCAGUUAUUAUGCCCUCAUUUAUAAUAUAAAACAAGGGUGGUAAAGUAUUGUUUUAACUAAUUUUAAUCUUUGAUUAUGUAUAAUUUAUUUCUUUUUCUUUAUUUUAUAAUAAAAUAUGUUAAUUAUUGAGCAAAUGCUCAUUUUUACAACCAUUAAUUAAUGUAAAAACAAUGUUAUGAAUAAAGACGUUAUUUAUUUUUAUUGCCAA